UGGCAAUCGCUAUACAACUAAAUUAGCUUGUGGGUCGUUUGAUAUCUCGAAGGAGUCUACAUCCCAGUGUCCAUACGUCUUGCACCCGUCAUGGCUAUAAAGCUGGCGAAGAAUUACAUCAGGCACAUACAUAACUCCACAAUAUCUCGGAUUUCGAGGGUCCCGUUAGCAUACGAAUUGCACCAUCCUAAACACAAUAGCCGCAUACAAUCAGACCAACCCACUAGCCCCCCAAUAAUAUUCUUGCAUGGAUUCCUUGGGUCCAAGCGAGAGAACAGGGGAGUAAGCAAACUUCUUGCUCAAGACUUAUCGCGGCAAGUCUUUUGCUUGGACCUUCGCAACCAUGGCGAUUCCGAUCACCACCCACAGCAUGACUAUAUGGAAAUGGCUAUGGACGUUGAAAGCUUUAUCAGGAGCCAUCGGCUAAGUAAUGCGACUCUGAUUGGUCAUUCUAUGGGUGCCAAAACUGCCUUAACGCUUGCCCUUCAUUCACCAGACCUGAUAUCCGAUGUUAUUGCUAUCGACAACUGUCCUAUCCACUUAGACCUGACCGAAGAGUUUCCAAGGUACCUCAGAGCUAUGGAAGAAGUACAGAAUGCACGAGUGAAAAGCCAUCAAGAAGGCGAUAAGAUCCUGAGCAAAUAUGAGCAAUCUCCGUCCGUGCGAUUAUUUUUACUAAGUAACUUUGUCAGAGAGCGCGAUUCACCGCAUCUGAAACUUCGUGUUCCUUUAGAUAUCCUGAGCACUGCUAUCGGUCCGUUGGGGGACUUUCCACACAAAAACAAGUCCGUUCAGUUCCCCAGACCGGCGUUGUUCCUUCGAGCACUGCAGAGCCAUUAUAUACCGGAAAGCUCAUUCCCUGUGAUUUCUUCUUUCUUUCCUCGAUCGCGCAUUGUGGACAUAGACUGCGGGCAUUGGAUUGUUCAGGAACGACCCGAGGUAUUUAGACAGGCUGUUGUUGAGUUCUUACAACACAAGAUUUGACACUAUGCUAUAAUUACGACAUAAUGUAGAUCUCAUAUCAUUGCAGCUACACUGGAGCGCACACUUGUGCCAUAUCUCUUAACUAUAUACGUCUAUUGUGAUAUUAAUAUAUUAGUGUUUUCCCCGGACUUUUGGACGCACCUUAAGCAAAUCUU